AAUCUCGCAAUCAGUUUGGACCUUUUUUUCCCCAAUUUCGCAAUUGCGAGAAGCAGUUCUAGUAUGUAUGUGUCACUGGAUUGUCGUUUUUACUUCUGCGCUGCGGUGCCUAAGUCAAGUUCAGGUAGGAGCCACGAGUCCGGACAAGUAUCGUCACUCAAGCAUUCCGUAUAAUCUACUCGGAAAUUUCAACAUAUUCAUAUUUAAGCGCCAAGAGUUGACGCCUCGCACUUUUAAUUAGGCAUGAUCGGGCCCUGGCGGGACUGCUCUACUUGCGGGAGGCGCGUUCCCGUUCAGCGCGUCGGGAGCGCGCUCGCGCAGGCGGAUCAGGGGAAGGGAGACCGCGUGCUGUUGGCCGGAGAGGGAAGCGAUUGAGGACGCGCGAUUUGCAGCUCGUCACCUUCACGCGCUGCCGUACGCGUGUUCCGCGUUCUCGGCACCUCCCGCGAGGACACGCGCACGUUCGCGGCGCUCGUGCCAGGAGCUGCAGCUGUCGUCGCCGUGCGGCCAAUGGGAUCUCCCGCCGCGGGGCUCUAGGCGCACCCCCCGUGUUGAACGCCGUUCUCCGCGGCACAGCCACGCUCUCGGCCGCGCGAUAAUAAUGCGGCUUUGGGGAGGCGAGCGCGCGGGCUGUGCGUGUGCAGCGCCUCGGGAACAAGAAGAAGAAGGAGAAGCCGGGCAGCGCGACGAGAGCGCGCACUGAGUAAGAGAGACGCGCAGCCAGGCGGAGAAGAAACAAACAGCAGCCGCAGCAGCAGAAGCAGCAACGAGAGGCCGCUCGUCCCGCCGCGCUCUGCCAGGCUGCUCCUAAAGUGAGUCAGUACCAUGGAUGCGGCCAGCGGGGCUGCUGCGGCAGUGGGGAGUGCGGCACUGGGACUGCUGGGUGCUGCAGGGAGCCAUGAUGCUCCCGAAAGAGGUCUGAGGCCCUUCCGCCACCGGGAAGAUGAUGACAUCGUACCUGAGCUAACGAGGAGCAUCCACCCCAGAGAAAGACCUGACUGGGAGGAAACCAUCAGCGCCAUGGCGAGGAGCGCUGAUGUCCCCGAGCUCAGCAGCGAGCCCCUCCUGCGAUCUUGCAGCAGCACUGCCAGCAUGAAGGUCAAGAAUGUCAAGAAGCUGUCCUUCACCAAGGGCCACUUCCCCAAGCUGGCCGAAUGCGCGCACUUCCACUAUGAAAACGUUGACUUUGGCACCAUUCAGCUGGCUUUGGCAGAUGAGCAGAAUGAGGUAACUCGUAAUGGCCUGGAGACGAAGGAGCUGGUGUACCUGGUCCAGAUCAGUUGCCAGGGCCGGAGCUGGAUUGUGAAGCGCAGUUAUGAAGACUUCCGCGUCCUUGACAAGCACCUCCAUCUGUGUAUCUAUGACCGCCGCUUCUCCCAGCUCCCAGAGCUGCCCCGGUUUGACAGCCUGAGGGACCGAGCAGAGGCGGUGUCACAGAUGCUGAUGGCUUACCUCUCCCGCCUCUCAGCGAUUGCUGACAACAAGAUAAACUGCGGGCCGGCACUCACGUGGAUGGAGAUUGAUAACAAGGGGAACCACCUGCUGGUACAUGAGGAGUCCUCUAUCAACGUCCCUGCUAUCGCUGCCGCCCACGUCAUCAAGCGCUACAUCGCUCAGGCGGCAGAUGAGCUCUCUUUCGAGGUGGGAGACAUUGUUUCAGUGAUCGACAUGCCCCCCAAGGAGGACACCACCUGGUGGAGAGGCAAGCAUGGUUUUCAGGUGGGCUUCUUUCCUAGUGAGUGUGUGGAGCUCAUAAAUGACAAGGUCCCCCAGUCCGUCACCAGCUCUGUGCCCAAACCAGAUUUGGAGAUGGAGAAUGUAAAGCAGGAUAAUGCAUGGGUGGCUGACCUGCUAAACCACUACAGGCCGAGUUCAGUUUCCAAGAAGCACGGGAAGUUGAUCACGUUCCUCCGCACCUUCAUGAAGUCCCGGCCCACCAAACAGAAGCUGAAGCAGCGUGGGAUCCUCCGGGAGAGGGUGUUUGGUUGUGACUUGGGCGAGCACCUCCUCAAUUCAGGACAUGAUGUUCCCCAGGUGCUCAAGAGUUGCACAGAGUUCAUUGAGAAACAUGGAGUGGUGGACGGCAUGUACCGCCUGUCAGGAAUCGCCUCCAACAUACAGAAACUGCGGCAUGAGUUUGACUCGGAGCAGAUCCCGGACCUGACGAAGGAUGUAUACAUCCAGGACAUCCACUGUGUGGGCUCGCUUUGCAAACUCUACUUCCGUGAGCUGCCCAACCCACUGCUCACCUACCAGCUCUAUGACAAGUUCUCGGAAGCCGUGUCUGCAGCUACCGACGAGGAGCGGCUGAUCAAAAUCCAUGACGUCAUUCAGCAGCUGCCACCUCCGCACUACAGGACUCUUGAGUUCCUAAUGAGGCACCUGUCCCACUUGGCAACAUUCAGCUACAUUACCAACAUGCAUAGCAAAAACCUGGCCAUCGUCUGGGCUCCUAACCUUCUCAGAUCCAAGCAGAUUGAGUCAGCCUGCUUCAGUGGAACGGCAGCCUUCAUGGAGGUUCGCAUACAGUCAGUGGUGGUUGAAUUCAUCCUCAACCAUGUGGAUGUGCUCUUCAGCCCCAAGCUCAGCUUGCUCAUUCGGGAGGGUGCUGGCCAUAAUUCUUUAUCUAGACCCAAGUCCUUGCUGGUCUCAUCUCCCUCCACGAAGCUGCUGACUCUUGAGGAGGCCCAAGCACGCACCCAAGCUCAGAUCAACUCCCCUGUUACAGCUGAUAGCAAGUACAUUGAAGUGGGGGAGGGACCCGCUGCCUUGCAGGGCAAGUUCCACACAGUCAUCGAAUUCCCCACUGAGAGGAAGAGACCACCCAUUAAAUCAAAGAAAUCACCAGUGGGCAGCUGGCGUUCCUUCUUUAACCUGGGAAAGUCAUCCUCUAUGGCCAAACGCAAGCUCCAGCGCAACCCCAGUGAGCCCAAUGAGCUUAAGGCCAUGGCUCUGGCAGGGGGAAGAGGUGACACAGGAACUCUACGUUCUGCCAAAAGUGAGGAGUCUCUCAGCUCGCUACACAAUGUGGAGGGUGAGUCGAAGGUGUACCGCCCCCGUAGGCCUCGUUCCAGCAGCGAUGCCCUGUCAACAUCCUUUAAUGGUGACCUACUUGAUAGCAGGCAUCAUUGCAACUCCUACGAUAAUGUGGUCCAGGGGGAGAGCGAUGGGGACGAGGGUCCCAUAUGUGUGCCAGCACUUAUAUCUCCACCUCGCUCUAAUGAGGAUGUAGAUUUGAGCCCCCCGGACAUCGGCAUGGCAUCUUUGGACUUUGACCCAAUGUCCUUCCAGUGCAGUCUGCCCAUGACAGAGCCCUCAUUCCCCUCGCCAGAGCCAGGUGAGACCACUAGCCUGAAAAGGAGUCCAGGUGCCAGCUGCUCUGAGCCCAUCUCACCCUCCCCAGAGAAGGCCUCGAGCCCUCUCCUGCUCUCCCCUGACUUCAGUCCAGCCUUGGGAGUAAAAACAGAAAGCAAGAAGCAUCCUGCAGCCUUCUUAGCUGAGAAAGUGGUGCAAGCCCUGUCCCCCAAAAUUAGCCGGAAGUCUGCCAAGAUACCCCUUCUGAAUAUCUCAGAGCCCGUGGCUGCAUCAACACCUAACCGGGCUCCUGAGAGCGUUGCUUCCCAGCCUUCUACACCUGCCACAGUAGUCUCCCAGGGUUCUUGGGGUGCCCCACCAGACAUGGUCUCCUUACUGCUGAAGACAAACGAGACAUUGCAAAGUGAAGGUGGCCAGCAUGAGCCAAACAGCAAGCCUCACGAAGCCUGUCGGUCAGAGAGCCAAGACCAGCCUGUUGAAGAAUGCCCAGAGGCAACGAGACCUGCUGGUGGCCAGGUACAGCCAGAUCAGUGGACAGCAGGAACUACAACUUUGGACUCUCCACAGGGCCCCACCCCCGUCAGCUCUGUGUCCCUCCUCCCACCACCUCCCCCUCCGAAGAAUGCUGCCCGCAUGCUAGCUCUGGCCCUGGCUGAGUCUGCCCAACAGGCAACUAUUCUCUCCCAGAGGAGGCCAUCUGGGCCCCCAACACCCCUCUCUCCCCUUAGACCCCAGGAGCCCCUGGACACCUUGGAAUGGCCGCCACCACCUCCUCUCCCAGUCCCAGCAGUCUCUGAUGAGGUGACAGAGAGGGACACUUCACCUGCACAAGCAUCCUCCUCUCACCCAGUUGACACAGCUGUCGAAAGCCCACCACUGGCACUCAGUCCCCAUUUCACCACAGCCGACAUCAAAUUAACACCUACCUCUGCUGCUAGCCUGGACAACCAGAGCGCUGCCAUCAGCAGCACCACUGUCACAUCAGCAGAACCCAGCCAGGGUUCUGGGCCUGCUGUCACCCCUGGCCCUCAAGUUUCUCCCACUUGUAAGAGCCCAGAGAAGCAGCUGCCAGCCACUGUGGGUCAGUCCAUUGUGACAAGUUAUUCAGCCACUGCUACCCCCAGCAGCACUGCUGCCAAUAAGGAGUUGGGAGCCAUGCAGCAGCUGGGUUCAGAGAAACAGGUAGGCUUGGACAUCUUGCUGCCAGGUUUCUCAAACUCUCCAGAACAGCCCACCACAGCUACCCAACUGCAGACGGGUACCUGGACCACACCUGUGGCAGCUACGCCCUCAGAACCAGCAGAGAAGCCCUGGGAAGCGGUGAAGCCAGUUCAUCCUAGGGCUGAGCCUAUUCCACCAUAUCACACCUGUGGACCCACGCCCCCAACACCUCCAGUUCGUUCUAUUGAAAGCAAACUGGCAACAGCGGCUCUGUCUAGCACAGAGGCUGCCAAUGCAUCCAAUUUCCAUGCCAUUCUCGCUGAAGCUUCCAUGCCAGCCUCAGUGGAAGAGGUUCUUCCACAGCCACCCAGACCGCCACGGAAACCCUCAGUUCUUCAGCCUGCCUACAUGUACCACCCAAAGGCAGAGGGCAUGUUGGAUCCUGGCACCGAGGCUUUUUUCUACCAGAGGACUGUUCCAGCGGGACAGGCUAAUGUGCCAUAUCACUAUCGGCCAGACAGUGUUCCGCCACACCUCUCUUACGCCUCUAAAUCAGAGCCUCAGAUCCUGUACAGCACCCGCUCCGACAGCCGCUAUAACACACUGGGGCCGAGGUCCUUCCAUCAGUCCAUCAAGUCGAGAGGUCCCCACAGGGCAGAGUAUCCUCCAAGUGGGUCUUCUGGACACCGUGGUCAGGGCUAUGGAUCCAUGGAUGGAGCUGCUGUAUACCCUACCAUUCGCAGGGUCCAUUCUCUGCAUGUGCCACCCACCACCAUACGCUCCGUGCCAAUUUCGCGGACUGAGGUCCCUCCAGAUGACGAUUUGUUCUACUACCAACGACCAAUAUACCAAUACAAGCCCUACCAGCAGCCUGUGCAAUCAGACUACCAUGUCACCCAAUUGCAGCCUUACUUUGAGAAUGGCCGAGUUCAGUACCGGUACAGCCCCUACUCGGGCUCAAAUCCUCUGGAUGCACCCUACUACGACGUGGACCCUUAUGGGACCAUUCGCCUGCGGCACUUCCACUCAUUCACCAGCCGAGACAUGGCACCGUACCUCGGCAGGACAGGCAGCAAAGCUGGAAAUUACCACUACUUGUCGCGUCACAUCCUGCCGGUGGGCAGAGAACAUAGCUUUGUGAGCCGGGACAUGCCUCCCUCGCACAGCUCCAAGGGGGCUCCCGUCUACCUGGCCAUGGAUCCCGAGGAGUCCGAGAGAAUUCGCAUGCACUCCAUGAGGCGCGAGAACCGAGCCAGACAGAAGACCAAGGGCCCCGUUAUGUCUCAGUACGAUAAUGUGGGUCCAUGCAUCCCUGGGGAUCUUGGAGGCCUGGAAGUCCUCCACCUGCGGAGCAAAUCAGACCCGGUGAAAGCAGUCCUGAUGGCUGCUGAAGGCAAAGAUGGACGUUAUGGGGCUGCCCCACCGCAUCAGUCCAGGCAUCUGGUGUCGGACCCUGAGGUCUUUAUGUACAUGGAGACGGAGAAGCACUACCAAGGGAAUGGAAUGGGUGACAAGCCUGGUGCACCACUCAAGCUGAGUGGCUCGAGGAGCAGUCAAACUGGACACCACCCCCAUGUUCCGCAGCAACCGCAUCAGCCUCCGCCACCACCACGAGACUUGUCUCGGCACUCGGAACAAAGUCGUACCGACCCCAAGGGUGAACCUGUGGAUGGCAAGCAGGGUGGAGGUGGAGGUGGGGGCAGCAGGCACUGGCAAGAAUGCUCUGAGCCCAGAGCCCAUGCGUCCCGCUAUGACCGCUCAGAGCCAGAGAGGCACACCGGCAGGAGUUACCCUGAAGAGGACCCGCAGGUAACCACUAUGAAGCCCUUGGCUCCACCCAAGCCUGAGCGAUCCCACAGCGUCAGAGAGCGGCACCACUACCACCAACCCAACCCCCCACUCCACCUUCCAGGGAACCCGGAGAGAGACCACAGUGGGUCCUACUCUCACCAGCCCCAUGGGCAGAGACACAGCACCAUGACCGUGCUGUCGCACUACGACAACCUGGAUGACUAUCACCCCAUCCCGCAGGUUGCCCGAGGAGGCACCGGUGCUUUUCCAACAACAGGACUCACUCCUCCCCAUGGUGUUCGUGCGUACUCAACCGCCCUGGGCCAGGGGGCCUUUGUCCCAGCAGAGCUGUCCCUUCAGCGGCACGAGACGGAGAUACGAGCAGAGUGACAGAAGGAACAGUGAUGCGCUAAAACGAGGAAUAAAGAAAAAACUUCAUAAAAUUGAACAGCCUCUGCAGGAC